AUGGUUUCCGAUAGUUCGCAAUUUGGCGUGAAUAACAAUUCGAAUAUGGGAAUGAAAGAAGAAAACAGAUUCUCGGUAACCGCCGUGGAAAAUGACGGAAAGAAGAAUGGAAUACAUAUGGGGGCAGCAAUUAUUACAAGACCAUUGCGGAAUUCCGCGGAAACUGUGGAGCGAGGCGACCCAAACCCCCAACCUGACACUUGGUUACACGACGCUGGGUGGCGAAGAAAGAGAUCCUUGGCUCAACUCACCAGAGAAGCCCUGCCACGAAUGGAAAAUUAUAGGAAUUCAAAACGAGCUUUGAAGAGGCCAAGUCUUGGUGAACUUCACGGUGACCAUUUAAUUACAGAAGAGGAUGAAAAACAAAACCAACGGGAUACAAAAUCGCCUACACCUGCCAUGGGGAUAAAACUAGGAUGGAUUCAAGGCGUGUUGAUACCAUGUCUACUAAACAUAUGGGGUGUGAUGCUCUUUCUGAGAAUCUCGUGGGUAGUGUCGCAGGCUGGGAUCGGCUUGUCACUUGUUAUUAUAGCAAUAUCGGCUAUCGUUUGCGUCAUCACUACCCUGUCUAUGAGCGCCAUCUGCACCAAUGGCGAAGUAAAAGGAGGUGGUAUAUACUACAUAAUAUCAAGAUCACUCGGACCAGAAUUUGGAGCUUCCGUCGGCAUCAUAUUCGCUUUUGCUAACGCUGUAGCAGCUAGUAUGAACACUAUCGGUUUCUGUGAUUCCCUCAAUGAUUUACUGAAGAACCAAGGAGUGAAGAUCAUAGAUAACGGAGUGAAUGAUGUCAGGAUAGUCGGUGCUGUAGCCCUGGUGGUUAUGUGUAUUAUCUGCGCUGUUGGCAUGGAUUGGGAGAGCAAGGCACAGAAUUUCCUAAUUGCAAUAAUUGUCGGGGCGAUGGUUGAUUUCGUUGUCGGCACUAUAAUGGGCCCUAAGGAUGUCACUGAAAUGACUCAAGGUUUUCUCGGCCUUAGCGCAACAACAUUGGCGCAUAACUUCAAGCCAGAUUUCCGGUACAGCGAGAAUUUGAACCAGGACUUCUUCAGUGUUUUCGCGAUAUUCUUUCCGUCUGUCACAGGAAUACAGGCUGGGGCCAAUAUAUCUGGGGAUCUAAAAGAUCCGGCAUCGGCCAUACCCAAAGGAACGUUACUUGCUCUACUGAUAUCUAUGGUGAGCUACGCAGCUAUGGUCUUAAUAUCUGGGGCUGGAGCCCUGAGGGAUGCCAGUGGAAAUUUAACAGACCUUAUACUAGUAAAUGGCACUGUGGUUGACUACAGUGGUCUAGCCAGUUGUGUGAAUACCACUGGAGGAUGUAUAUAUGGACUCCACAAUAGCUAUUCAGUGAUGCAGCUAAUGUCAGCGUGGGGACCAUUCAUCUAUGGUGGUUGCUGGGCUGCGACUUUAUCUACAGCGUUGACGAACCUUCUCUCAGUCCCACGACUGAUCCAGGCACUUGGCGUAGAUCGCAUUUACCCUGGACUUAUCUUCUUCUCGAAACCCUACGGCAAACACGGCGAGCCCUACCGUGGUUAUGUUCUUACAUUCUUCGUCUCACUUAUUUUCUUACUUAUAGCUGACUUAAACACAAUCGCGCCAUUGAUCUCCAAUUUCUACCUCGCAUCCUACGCCCUGAUCAACUUCUGCACGUUCCACGCGGCUCUCGUGCGACCAUUGGGCUGGCGACCUACAUUCCGGUACUACAAUGUAUGGGUAUCUCUACUUGGAUUUCUGAUGUGCGUGGCAAUAAUGCUUCUGAUCAGCUGGGUGAUGUCUCUGGUUACCUUCGCGAUAUUCUUCACACUUUACCUCAUAGUCCACUACCGCAACCCAGAUGUCAACUGGGGAAGUAGCACUCAAGCUCAAAUGUACAAAACCGCGCUGUCAAGCGCUCACAAUCUGGCACGCACUGGUGAGCACGUAAAGAACUACUGGCCGCAGCUGCUCGUACUAUCUGGAAAGCCUCAAGAUAGACCAGCCCUGGUGGACCUUGGCAACCUCAUUACAAAGGCUGGCUCGCUUAUGAUUGUCGGAGAUGUGCAACAAAAAAAGUUAUCUUACAAAGAGCGUUCCUAUCGCUUGCGAUCGAGCGAUGAUUGGUUGCGCGCGCGCAAAGUACGCGCAUUCUGUGCAAAUGUUAACGGAUUUAGCUUUGAAAUUGGUGCGCGAGCUCUCAUACAAUCAACUGGUGUUGGAAGACUUGCACCCAACGUGCUGCUGAUGGGCUACAAGACCGACUGGUCAACAGCACCGGAAGCUGAUCUUGAAUCAUAUUUCAAUGUUUUACACACGGCGUUCGAGAACCGGUUAUCAGUAGCUAUAGUGCGUGUUCCGGGGGGCUUGGACUAUGGUACGGUGGCCGAGGAAACACCAGCUAGCGGCUUAACGGGCACCUCUAGCACGGGAGAGCUGCGCGUGCGUCGAGGGCCGCUCAUCAUGCACGCUGACUCUGAUCUUGAUAUACGAGCUGACUCCCAACCUUCCAGUAGACAUAACUUGAAUUUGUUAACACUGACUACAUCUCGGUCCUUCACGAUAUCCGAAAAGAGUGAUUCAAAAGAGAAGAAGAAGGAUAAAAAGGCAAUAGAUAUUCCUCGACACAUAAUCUACAAGUCUUCCUCAGGGAUAGAGUUGUCGAUGGAACAAUUGUCGCAGAUGACUAUAUUUAAGAAGAAACAGGAUGGCGGUACUCUUGACGUAUGGUGGUUAUAUGAUGAUGGAGGGCUGACGAUUCUCCUACCAUACAUUAUAUCCCAGCGAAGUGCGUGGGCUAAUUGUAAGUUGAGGAUAUUCGCGCUAGCUAACCGCCACCAUGAAAUGGAGCUUGAAGAACGAAAUAUGGCAAACUUGUUGUCGAAAUUUCGCAUUGACUAUUCGUCUUUGACAAUGGUGCAGGAUAUAACAGAUCCUCCACAGCCAGAAACAAAACAAUUUUUUGAAGAUACAAUCAAGAAAUUCACAGAAGAAACUAUGGGUGACGAUUGCUUAAUAAGUAAAACUGAGCUUUCGACCCUGUGUGAAAAAACCAACCGUCAACUUCGCUUGCGGGAGUUGCUAUUGACCAAUUCUAAGGAUGCCCGCCUCGUCGUUAUGUCUCUACCGAUGCCUAGAAAGGGUUCGGUCUCCGCUCCCCUCUACAUGUCUUGGCUGGAAAUGAUGAGUAGAGAUCUCCCACCGAUGCUAUUCGUCAGGGGAAACCAGACAUCUGUACUUACAUUUUACUCAUAA